UCACUCGUGAGCUUUAAGCUAAAACGAUGAAGUGCAUAAUUCUUUUCUUAUCUGCUAUUGCUUUGGCAUCGGCGGGAGUGAUUCAACAGCCUUCAGAGUUGUUGCGCACUCUGCACACGUUCAUGAACGGAGACGAAUUGGGUCGGACAUUUGGCGUUGACAAUUCGUCACAAGUGGACGAUUACGAGGUGAUUUACAUCCGCCGUCAUCAAGUUUUCGUAGCCGAAGAUCCUCUUCAGCGCGACAUUAGGCCCAAGACAAAACGCAGCGGACCGCAUGACAACCAUGCUCAUUAUUCUUUCGCUGCCAACGGAAAGAAAUAUGACCUUAAAGUGCGGCCAAAUAAUUUUCUCAUGGCGCCAAACAUGAAGACGGUUGUGAGGAGUAGCGGGGGGCUUAAUAAAGAAGUUGUGGAGGAACAUCCUAGAGGCAUCGAAUGCCAUUUCCUUCACGUUGACGGUGGACUCGCAGCCGCUCUGAGUCACUGUACUGAAGAUGACAUUCAUGGUUACGUGAUCGAUGGGGGGAAACCAAUGGAAAUUCGACCAAUUCCACCCCGACUUCGUCAGCUGCUGCAUCCUCCUUCCGAAGAGGGUAACGAAAUAAUCAUGGUUGGCGCUCAUAUCCUUCGCACGGUUGAUCCUUUCCCUCAUCUUAAAGCUCAUCAGCGAAGUUGCGACGCGGAUUUACCUGUAAGGAUGAAACCGAUGCUUGCAAAGGAACCCGUCCUGGUGGAAUCUGAAUCAAAAGAAAAACGGAAGACUAAGCAGAGCAAGGGGGCUAAGGCCAAGGGAAAUGACGUUUCUGGUAAAUCUAGUCAGGGCUCAAGUAAAAAUGCUCUUGAGAAAUCCAUUACUGGCAAAGCUGCAUCUAACAAGAUCAUUGAGCUGGGAAUUUUCGUCGAUCAAGCGGCAUUGGGAUUGUUUAUGCCCUACCUAGGGGAAAAAGAAUACGUGAAGCUCCGCGAAUUGGUUCUAGCCUUCGUCAAUGCGAUGCAAGCGCUGUAUCACCUCCCUAGCUUGGGCCAGCGAGUUGACCUCUCAAUCGUCUACAUGGAAUUCCAUGCCAAGGCACCGGCUAAUUUAAUCAACAGCGGCGAUCGAGGGAAACUGCUUGAUUCCUUCUGUGCAUUCCAAACAAAACUCAAUAAACCUUCAGAUACUGAAGCUGAGCAUUGGGAUAUGGCACUGUUGCUGUCUGGGCUUGAUUUUUAUGCUGUUGAAAAUGGGAAAAACAAUUACGUAACAAUGGGCUUGUCCACGGUAACUGGAGUUUGCACAAAUAUUUACAAUUGUGUUAUUGGAGAAUUCGGUAUCACCAACCAGCAGGGGCAGCCAUAUCCUUCCACUGGAUUCACAUCAGUUUAUGUGAUGGCCCAUGAAAUUGGUCACAAUUUAGGAAUGUCCCACGAUAGUUCUGGAAAUACAUGUCCGACAGAAGGUUACAUCAUGAGUCCGUCACGUGGUGUGGUAGGAGAAGCUACAUGGUCGACGUGCAGCGCCAAAACUUUAGCUUCUAUCACUGAAACUUGCAUGAACGACGUCCCGUCUGGCAAAUUUCCCGACUACAAUCACGACAAAUAUGGAGACAAGCCCGGUCAACUAUGGACAGCAGACGAGCAAUGCCGAAUUCUCUUGAGGGACAAGGCUGCUGUUGCUUACUUUGCCACUAAUGCUGAUAUAGCUGGAUCGUGUAAUUCGUUGAAAUGCAGAACGCCCAAUCGCGAUGGUUUCUUUACGUCUGGACCAGCACUUCCAGGAACCGUCUGUGGGUCUUCGAUGUGGUGUGAUGGAGGAAACUGCGUCCCGACAGGUCGUUCUGUCAUUGUACAAUCAAUCCAAGGUGGAUGGUCAGAUUGGAAAAGCAAACCUUGCACUUCAGGCUGUCUUCAGAAAUCCAAAGGAGCCAUUGUGAGUGAAAGAGAAUGUAAUAAUCCCAAGCCAAGCGAUGUGUUACACCGUUGUGAAGGUGCCAGUGUCAAAGCGGCGACUUGCGACGAUGCUCAGGUUUGCACUGGAAAACCACGAACAACGCCUGUCGAAUUUGCUACCCAGCAGUGUGCCAAAUUCAGCCAAUUUGUACCGUUUAUCGAUCCGAAAGGAACAGGCAUGCAAGCUGCUUAUUCAGACAAACGUCCCUGGCAAUCGUGCGCCAUUUUCUGCAAGCGCAAUGACCGAGAUGGCUUUUACACGCCACGUUUGGAUUUGAAUAGUUUGCCUGAUGUCUCUGCCCAUUUUCCUGAUGGCACUUGGUGCGGUAAUGACGGCCAAAAGGAGCUAUACUGUCUUCAACGAUCAUGCGUGUCGACCGACGUAGCAGAAGGAUUGACUCGCAGAGUAGGCCAACACACCGAUUUGGAUUUGGCAAAUAACGCUCCGAUGACGGGUGAAGCCCAUCACAAAAUCCCCGCUGCACUUGAGGAUUACUUUACGUUGGACAAAGAUGGAAAACCUGUGAAAGACGAAAUCGACGCCGAGACCUUAAAGGCAGCCAAAGACAACGGAAAGAGCGACUCGGGCUACGCAGACAACGAUUUCAUUACUUUGAAACCACCAAAAUAGAGCAAUGUUUAGAGAAUAGGAUAUUACUAACACGUACUUUGGGUAGGGUGGGUUUCGACAAUGGCUGAACUUGGGAAUUUUCUAAUUUCCCUUUACAUUUGGAAUGGUUUUGUUUUUGUUCUAGUCACUUAAAGGGGUAUGUGCACUUAUGGAUACGGAGAGGGAAACGGUUAAUUAUCUAUACAAUUUUGAAUACAUGCAUCUAUACCAUU